AAACGCGAUGUUUUGUUAUGAUCCAUCUUCGGUCAGGAGAAUAACAAAACACGUCGCAGUUUCCCGGUUCAGCUUUUUAUCAUCAGUUUAUUUUAGUUUUGAGUAAAAGUUAUUAAAUCGAUUUUGUUAGCAGGCAUGGCCCGGCAGCUUAGCAAACUCGGAUAUUUGGACGUCAAGAAGACAUUAUUCAUGCUAUGCGACCUACAGGAAAAGUUCAGACCAGGAAUGCAAAUGUUUGAUUCGGUCGUCAAAAAUACGAGCAAACUGCUUCAAGCUGGCAAAAUAAUGAACGUCCCGUUGAUCGUCACUGAGCACUAUCCGGAGAAGCUGGGCCAUAUCGUAAAAGAUCUGGACAUUUCCCACGCCAAGGGUGUCUUCUCUAAAACUCUGUUCAGCAUGAUGAUACCGGAGGUGCAGAAGAAAAUAAGCGACAUCUAUGGGCAGGAUCUCCAAACGGUGGUUCUGUUUGGGCUUGAGUCUCACAUUUGCGUAGAACAAACUGCCAUGGAUCUACGGAACAACGAUUAUACCGUUCACGUGGUCGCCGACUGUUCCUUGUCUCGCUCGCAAGGGGACCUGAAAUUGGCUCUGGAACGAUUGCAGCAGAUCGGGUGCUUUGUCACAACCAGUGAAAAUGUUAUCUUCAAGCUGAUGAAGGAUGCCAAGAAUCCGGCUUUUAAUAAAAUUAAAGGCUUAGUUCGUGAUCCAUCGGCCGAUAGCGGACUGAGCAAACUUUGAUCCUUCGUUGAUGGGGCAAGAUUUUGUAGAUUAUGUUUUGAUUUGAAAGAUGUACAACGUCUUCUCUGAAAUUGUGAUUAUAAAGCAUUUUGAAAGUAUGUUGUUUGAAUCAUGGAAGCCGUAUUCAUAUAUUAGAAUAAAAAGGUAUCGAAAUGAUAA